AUGGGAGUAUUGGCGAAAGAGGAAACGCGAAAAUUAUGGGAGACGUGCUGUCGUUAUGAUGAAUACCGCGUAAUUUUGUUGCCGAAAAUCCGCAUCCUCACAAAACGAAAAACGCAUUUUAAGAAGAAGCUGAAAGUGGUCUACUGGAAUUUGCUGGUCGCCACUGGAAAUGAGCCGUGCAAUAAGCCGGCUAGUAUUCAAGAUUGGCCGGCCGACAAAAUUCGAAACAAGACGAAGGCCGACCAGAAGACGGCAGUGCUUCUUCAAGACAUCACACGGCUCGCAAAGGAGAAUUGGAUAAGGACGAGAAGUGUGGUUGGUGACGAACAAUUUCUGAGGGAUGUCAAAGUGAUUCUCGAUAAUGCGUCGAAAACAGAUGCUGACGCGCAAUAUGUGUAUCGUAAGCAGUUAAUGGAGUUUCAGAAGUUUUUCACCAACGGGUAUGAGAAAUGGAAGAAAAGCGCUGAAGAAAUCUGCAAGAAGGCGAUCGAGCUGGACGAGGCCCGCGAGAAAGAUGCGACCAAGGCAGAAGCGUUCAACAAACAGAUGCUCAAGGUCCAUGAAUGCUAUAAAAAGGGGCAUGAGUAUGCGAAUGAUAUGGAGAGUCUGCAAGUCAAGCAUUUGGCUGUCAUCAAUGAGAUUUUGCAAAUAUUUGCGAAAAGCCUGAAAGCGGUUUACUGGAACUUGAUGAUUGUGACUGGAAUGGAGCCGUGUUCGACACCGUCGAAUUUGAAAGAAUGGACGCCGGAGAAAUUUCGCAUCGCGAGCAAAUCGGAACAGAAAACGGCAACACUUUUUGCUCUACUCGAGAAAUUUUCAAAAGAAUAUUGGUGGAAAACGAGAUUAGUGAUUGGAGAGGGCGCUUUUUUAAAAGACCUAAAGCCGAUAUUCGAUAGCGCAGCCAAUGCAGAAGCUGAUGCUCAACAAGAAUUUCGUCCCCACUUGCAGAUUAUUUAUGGCUUCUUACAUAAUGGGCAUGAGAAAUGGCGAAAGGAUAUUGAGGAGCUUGGAAAGAAGACUGGCGAACUUGAAAUUGCACCGCCCACUGAUGCGAAGAAGAAGGAGAAUUUUGAUAUUCAAAUGGCGAAGGUGAACGAGGCGGUGAAAAAGGCGAAUGAAAUGGCGGCGAGUUUGGAAAUGAUACAGACGAAACAUUUGGCCGCAAUUAAAGCAAUACUGACAGAAGUCGAAGUGCGAUGCUAA